AAUGUUGAGUAACGAUUGAACUACAAAUACGUCGAGAAAACAUGUUCAGAUGUUACGGACUACUAUCGGGUGGAUGACAGGCACAUCAAGGAUGGAUUCCAGCAAGAGAUCGGAAGCGGUUAGUAGUACUGUUGCACAGUCUGAGAGCUCAGACUCUAUAGAGGUAGACAAUUCUCGUACAGUUCUGCUAAAGAUAGCAACACUGUACGCAGAACGUCUUAUGAAUGAUAUUUGUCUUGUUGUGGAUGGUGUAGAAUAUCCGGCACAUCGACUUAUACUCUGUGCUUCUAGUGAUGUUUUCCAAGUAAUGCUGAUGAGUCCACAAUGGAGCGAGUCUCAGGAAAGCAGGGUAACUCUCCAAGAAACGCCGCAGUGUGCACCAAUAUUCAGUGAAUUUUUGCGCUAUUUUUACACUGGCCAGAUAAGAAUAAACCAUAGUGUUGUUCUACCAAUAUUGUCUCUAGCCGAUAAGUACAACGUCAAAGAUUUGAUAUUGUUGUGCCUUGACUACAUGCGGAAUCAUGUUGCAUUGGCUGCUAUACAUGGCACACUGGUAUCGUGGCUGCAAUAUACAUUAAAUUGUGGACAUCAUGAUAUUAGUCAAGCAUGCCAAAACUUCAUCAAGUGGAAUUUGGAGCUUGUGGCCAAGACUGCAGACUUUGGGAAUUUCGAUCUGGAUAUCCUAGUGUCCUUGUUACAUCAAAGUAGUUUAGUUGUGAAAGAUGAAAUGACGCUUUACAAGUGCCUAGAACAUUGGCUGAAUUAUCAAGCAAAUCGUUUGAGAGCACAGCUAUCGCCAGACGAGGUAGAAGCAACAUUAUAUCAGUUAGUAAUAGCGGUGAUGUCGCCUGUUAGAUUUCCAAUGAUGUCACCGCGACAAUUGGCGGAUUUGCUACUGUCACCUUUAACAAAAAAAUAUAAGGAAUUCUUUGUGGAACGUAUGUCUAUUGGCAUGUCUUUCCAUUCAGGACAAAUCAACAGAGUAAAAGAAGUCAGCAUGAGCGAAGAGGAUGGUGCAUUGUUGUUUGAGCCAAGAUUGUAUACUGUUGAUACAUGUAGUUCAUUAUUGACCAUAGAAAACUUUCAUAGUUUACCAUCUUAUCACAUGAGAACACUUGUAUUUUCUAGUCACUCCAGUUUAGCAGAGUAUGCAGGCGAUAGAGUGUGCGAGUGGGUAGUAGAUAUCUAUCCUAAGGGUGUAUGGUUCAAGAAGUUUUUUCUUAUAGUAUGGCAGGGUACAGUGGAGAUGCCCGAACAUGUCAAGCGAUCAGUGAGAUUGUCGUUGACUUGUAAAGAGCCAUUAAAUAGUAAUAUGCGUGUGAAAAUCGGAGUUUUAAUUUAUGGCUUGCAAGAUGGCGUUGAGCACAUUGCAAGAGUUACCGAGAUUAUUCACAGAUUCAGUAAGAAGGAUCGCGUCCUGAAUUUAGAUGAUCUUUUGCCGUUCGAGGAACUCAAUCCACAACAGGGCUCAGUCUCGGAAAAUGUAUCUCCCUUUUUAGUGGGCCCUAAUAAAGACAUGCUCAAAUUACAUAUUGUUAUAUCGCCAGCAAAUUAA